AUGCAUCAAAAAGUAGCAGGGUGGGCGCUUCUGGCCCUUAUCAGCUCGUCGGCAGUUCUUCACACAUUAGCAUACCCUCAGCAUGCACCUUUGAUAUCACAGGCCACGAGCCACGUGCGAACACAGAACCCACAAUACUACAGCAACUCGUUACCUCUGCCACAUGAACAAGUAGCACAAGAGCGCAAGUUUGCUGAGAAACCCAAUGCCCUAAAGAAAGUGGCCCUAGAUGACAUCGAUGAAAUUCAAAACAAUUCCAUUUCAGAUGGCGGUUUCUCGUGGUCCAACAUGUUAGGAAUGGUAAUGCAAAUGCUUUUCAAUCCUGGCACCACCGGACCCAAUAAGAGCGACAACAUCGACACAGAAGCCGCCGCCCCAUCGCCAUGGGCUAAUCUAUUAUCUAUGGGCUUGAAAAUUUUAACAGCUAUCCUCGGAGGAGGGGCAUCCAGCGAUGGCAUUGACAAAGUAGACAACGGCAACUCGCCAAUGCAGAGUAUAUUGGCUGCGGUUCUGUCGACGGUGCUCGGUGCCAAAGAUCCCGACCAAGUCGCCUCCAUGGCAAAGCAGGCUGGAGAGUUCAUCAACAUCUUUGUCAACCUUCUGGAUGCUCUCAAAACGUCAUUCUCUCACCGAUCUUUGACGGCUCGUUCGAUGGGACGCAAGGAUUCAGUCAGUGACGCAGCCCUCGCAGGUAUUGCCAUGAUGAAGACCUACGUCCGAUCCUUUGGGACAAACGAUGACAAAUGUCUUCAGAAGUACGUGUGUGACGCCAAUAGCGAAUGUUCAGCCGAUAUUGGACCUAAGAGUGUCUUCUGCCAACUGGGAACUUACGCCGCAAGUUUCGUUUUAGAGAGGCAAUCCGGAGGAACAUUCCAACAAUUCCACGAGGCUGGACGCCGUGGCCGCUCCGGCGUCGACUGCCGUGAGCUGUAUCUUCAAUGCAAUGAAGUGUAA